CACAACUAGACGGCGUUGCCAAAUGGAGUAGAACGCAGAAACCAAGUGCACUAUUUUAUUUCAGUGACUUAGAUUGCUGGUUAACUGAUAUUCAAUGGCUGCCAAGAGCACGGAGAAGGAGAAGGGCGAGGGUCUGGAGGCCGCGACGUCAGCGGAGAAACCCGAUCCAGCCGCACCCACUGAACCAGCUGAGGAAAAGUCCAAGGAACUGGCGCCGGAAGACACAACGCCGGAUAAAAAGGAUGGUGGACGUAAAAGGAAAAGGCAUUUGUUCAAUUCGAUUCGCGGCCAAAUGGAAUUCUACUUCGGUGACGCCAACUUGAGCAAGGAUCGCUUCCUUAGGCGCUACGUAGAGCAGGAUCCAUAUGUACCUUUGGAAAUCUUUCUCACUUUUAAUAAGAUAAAGACGCUCACACAGGAUGUGCAGCAGAUAGCCAAGGCACUAAGCAACUCCCAGCUCCUGGAGCUGGAUGAGACCAACCUAAAGGUCAAGCGACGUACCAAGCUGCCAGAUCAGCGCGAUGUCAACGACAAAACCUUGUAUGUAGAGGCCCUUCCUGCAAAUGCCACUCACGAUUGGCUGAAGGAGGUAUUCAGUCGCUAUGGAGCGGUGGCCUACGUGUCCCUGCCCCACUAUCCGGGCACAAAAAAGAUUAAGGAAUUUGCCUUUAUCGAGUUUGAAAAGAGCGGGUCCUUGGAGAAGGCUGUGAAGGCUUUUGCCCAGAUACAGGGCGUUUUGUCCGUAGAAACCGAUCCCAGCGAUUUGGCCAGUGUGCGCUCCUUUCAGCAACAGCAGCAGUCGCAACAGAAAGCGGAGCAGACGCAGUCAGAGGCUGAACAGGCUGAGUUGCCAAAGAGAAAUCUAAAAAGGGAGGCCACCGACAAGGAUCGCGAGGAGGUACACGAAGUGAAACGGGUUAAGUUGGAGGAGGGUCAGCCCAGCGAGACCUCUACAGCUGGGGAAACAGCGAGUGAAACGGAUGCGGAAGCUACAGCCGAAGGCUCCGAUGAGGAGGGCAAAACAGAGGCAACCGAUGGCGAUGAGGCUGCCAAAAAGCGCCGUCGCAAGCGCAAGAAAAAGGCGAUUGUGGACAAGCCAAACAUUGAGCCCAGUGCCCUGGAGCUUAAGGUGCUACCCAAGACCAGUUGGAGCAGUAUGCGCAAUAAGUACUUGAAUCUACAGCGGCGCCUCGUCAGUGAGGCAAAGAGCAAGCUGUGGCGUGAAAAUCACCCACAAAAUCAGCAGCACCCUCAUCACCAGCAGCACAGCCACCCAAACCAUCCAAAACCUUCGCAACUGCCCGAGGCAGCCAAAGAGGAGGAAACCGGAGGCGAGGUCCUUAGCGAUGGCGGUGAAGGUGCCGUAGAAGCAGCGCCUGUGCCAGCCAAGCGUCGCAAGGCGGUGCACAAGAUGAACAUGAAUUUCUACGGCGCCGGCGGCGUGGAAUCAACCAAAUCCGAAGAACCUUCGCAGGAACGCACGCCGCUCUUCAAAUACGAACCCGGUCUGAUUGUGGAGUGCUCUCUGCUAGAACCGUGCACCAAUAUUAAAGAGUUUAAGGCUGACAUGCGCCAAUAUCCGGAUAUUAAAUAUGUGGAUAUUAAGGAGGGCGAACAAGUGGCCCUACUACGUUUGAGCACGCCUGCCGCAGCCGAAGAACUGGUACGCCAGGGCAACUGCCCUGAGAGGCAGCUGAAAGUGCUCUCUGGGCAGCAGGAGACGCUCUAUUGGCGCAAAAUCGAGCAGGAUCGCGAGGCGAAACUGUCGAAAAAAGUUCGCGUGCAGCAAAAACGCGGUCGCGAGAAAGUGGGCAAAAUGCUGGGUAAGCACAUUAAGUUUGAUGAUGGCGAUGAUGAAGUGCAGGGGGCCGUUAUGGACUGAGUCCACUUUCAGUUGCGGGGUAAGUCUGAAUUUCAUUUCAGGAAACUCUUUAUAAAUAUUAUAUUAUAAUAUAAGCUAUAUUCAUUUAUAAAUGUAAGCGAAGUUGUAAAAAAGAAUUGUGUGUAUACGAUUCUAGCACAAGAUUUCCUAAUUAUUGAGUAAUACUGUAAAAACAAAUUGAAU